AUGGCGCAGAUCUACUUGCUGGCGUUGGCUACUGUGGCACCUUGCCUGUGCUCAACACUCCCGAGAUCACAGCCCAGCUUGAGCGGACGCCCGUCUGUGCGAGUCGAUCUCCAUCCGCCUCAGAACGCUGGCAUCCCUCUCGAGCACUUUGUCUCCUACUCCAUCGAGUUCUCUUCCUUCCCGGACUUUGCAGCCAUUGUCAGAGUUGGCGGUAACACUCAGGACUUCUCCCUCUUCGACAAGGCCCAGGAACAAGCACUGGUCGGCAUCUUCAACACGAACAUAUCAAGCGACUAUCCCACCAAUAUCACCAUCGGCCCAGCAUACUUUGAAUCGUACCAGACAUUCCCCGAUACUAAAUUUGUGCACGGCUUCAACCUAGGUCUUAACAGCUCCAAAGAACGACAAGGCCUGGUCGACUCUGUGUCGUACGCCUGCAAAGCCCUGGGCGAAAAUGUCCUCGACUGGGAGACAUGA